GGAACGAAAAAAAAAAAAUCUCACUCGUUCACUCGUAGAUAAAAGACCAGUCUUUUCUUUUAUUUUCUUGCCCUCCAAAAAUAGUGCUAGGCCUGUGCUUCUCAGCAGCCUUGUCAUCGUCGUCGUGGUCGUCUCUGUGCCAGUGGGAUUUUGGGUAACAGGAGUAAAGAUGAAUCUUUGAGUGUGAUGAAUGCAUUGAAUGCUGAAAGAGAGAGCGAUGGAUGAUCCUUGCUCUGUCAAUAGUCCUCGAAGGGUCCUCAGUCUCUCAAGGAAAAGGAAGGAAACUCUGUUAUUUCCAGAGCUUGAUGAUCAAGCUUCUGGGUUUGGCGUGUCCGGUGAGCAUGGUCCAAAACCUUCUGAAGUUUAUGGUUUUGUUGGCUCCAUUUCGACUGUUGUUGCCACAGCUAUUUUCUUGAUAUGGGCAUAUGCUCCUGACAGUUGGUUACAUACCAUUGGGAUCUUUUAUUAUCCUAGCAGGUAUUGGGCUUUGGCAGUGCCAACAUAUGCAAUUGUGACCGUAAUAUUAGCCAUUGGAUUUUACAUUGGCCUCAACUUCAUGGCGACCCCUCCUCCAACUUCCUUGAACACAAUGUUUGAUGAGUAUAGUAGAGAACCUUUGAGGUCUGAACCUUCUGUGAAAGGCAACGAGCAGCCCAUUAAGCCCUUAUCUGAUAUUGGCAUCAAUCAAAUCAAUGAUCUUAUGUUCAACGUUUAGAAAUGACAAUCUAUCCUUGCAUGAUGACCAUCCUGUCCAUAUCCUUAUUGCCUUGUGAAAUUAUCAUUAUGCUUUUGGAGAGUUGACUUUGAUGCCCGUUGAGAAUUGUCCCAAGUGAGAAUGAAUAAAGUGAUUCGAAUGCCAUCAGCUUGGCCAAUAUUUCACUUGGGCAAUGUAAAGUACACAACCUAUGAGGAUCGAACAAGAUUAUAAGUUGUGCUUCGAGUCAGAUGGAACUUGUGGAUGCAGGUAGUAAUGAUAUGGUGAACACCAAUGAUAUGGCUGGCAGUUACUUUGUACUCUUGGGUGAUCGACCGAGUUUCUUGAAGGGAAAAUGAUUUGAAAACAACAAACUUACAUAAAAAAGAUCUAGAAUGAUGCGACAGUGCCAUUUUGAAAUUAUGAGGACAAUGAUGAGUGUUUUGAUUAGAGAUGAAGGGACUACAAGAAGACAUAUCAGUGUCAACUUUUGAGUAUUGAAAUAUUGAUAUACAGCAGUGCUACAUCCCCGAAUGACGUUGCAAGGUUUGUUGCAAAUUGUAUACCAGUUGCUACAUCUCGCACGCAACAAAACCAAAACCAUCGAUAUUGUUUGCACUUAUCCUUGUAACUGUAUAUCACCUCUAUUUUGUGAAUUUAUAGGCACACACCAUCCAAUAAAACCACAAGCAUCACAAGAGAAAUAAUUUGUUUUUGUUUUAAUUAGUUUCAAAAAUAAUUUGUUUUUGUUUCGCUCAGUUUCACAUAAACAAUGUACAAAGGACCAAAUAAAUAGUUAACAUUUUUGUUUUUACCACUUUUUUCUGCUUUUAGGGCUAGUUUGGCAUGUACUAA